AUGGCACAAGCGGUGCCUGAUCCCCCACCGAGCAACAAGAAGAGAGUCAAGGUUUACGAGUUGCGCAACAGCGACUGGUUUGAUAGAGGAACUGGUUUCUGCACUGCAGAAUUUACCUAUGAUGAGGUCUCACGUUCAGAUAUCCCCCGAGUUUCUGUGCAGUCGGAGGAACAUCCAGAGCGCAUACUUUUAGAAACAAGGAUAUCUAAAGAAGAUUUGUUCCAAAAACAACAAGAUACCUUGAUCGUAUGGACCGAACCGACCACCAAUGUGGACAUGGCGCUGAGUUUCCAGGAGGCGGAAGGAUGCGCCGCAGUAUGGAAGUUCGUCAGUCUGAUCCAGCAACGUUUUGUCACAGUGAACGGCGGGUCAGAUGAUGCUCUGGACGACGAUAUGCCCCUCGACCACGUUUAUGUUCAUCAAGUUCAGUUGCCCGCUCCAUCGCUUGGCAACCUAGGAGAAAUCCUUGAUUCUGUCAAGCACUGCAAUAACACCAACAGUGGUCGGGAUGGCCUUGCGAAGUUUGUUCAUACCGAGGAUUACAUAAAACAAUUAUUACCUUUAGUGGAAAUGGCCGAGGAUAUGGAAGACCUAGGAAGUUUACACAAACUGUGUUUGAUCAUGAAGAUUUUCCUUCUUCUCAACGAUAACUCGAUCAUGGAAAUGGUGGUCCGCGAUGACAUGAUUCUUGGUUCGGUUGGUGCAUUGGAAUACGAUCCGGAUUUCCCUAGCCACAAAGCGAAUCAUCGACAGUGGCUUAGUAAAGAGGGCCGAUUUAAAGAGGUUGUGCGGAUUGAGGAUGAUGAAAUUCGAAGAAAAAUACACACGGUAUAUCGCCUGCAAUAUCUCAAAGAUGUUGUGCUUGCCCGGAUCCUGGACGAUCCUACCUUCUCCUGCCUCAAUGGCAUAAUCUAUUUCCAACAAAUCGAAAUUGUUCAGCAUAUUCAACAAAAUCCAGCGUUCUUAAAAGAGUUAUUUGGGAUAUUUGGCCCAGAGGAAACGAAUCAAGAAAGGAGGAAAGAAGCUGUUCUGUUUAUUCAGCAAUGCUGCGCUAUUGCAAAGAGUCUUCAGCCCCCAGGAAGAAACGCACUCUACAACAAUUUUCUUGCACAGGGCUUGUUAUCGGUCAUUACCUUUGCUCUUCGUCACAGCGAUGUUGCUGUUCGUGUCGGCGCUACGGACAUAUUGGUUUCCAUGAUUGAUCAUGAUCCAAGUUUGAUACGCCAGACUAUCUUUCGCCAAAUCAACGAAAAGCAAACUCCUUUGACCGAUUCAUUGAUCGAUCUUCUUCUUGUAGAAGCGGACCUUGGCGUCAAGGCACAAAUAGCGGAUGCCAUCAAGGUGCUACUUGAUCCGGGCCAACAAAAUAGUGCUUUAGACCAAUCAAAGGUAUCGGGGGAAUUCGGGUCUAGAAACAGGGGGAUUGAUGCGAAACAAGAUGGCUUUGUGCGGGACUUCUAUGACGAUUCUGCUAAGAAGCUAUUCAAGCCACUGGUAGACCUCAAGGAUAGAGAGGACAUGACAUUUAGCGUCCAUCAAGUCUCGCUGUUCAUAUAUCUUAUCGAAAUUCUCUGCUUUUUCGUACGACAACACACUCAUCAUAGCAAAUAUUUUGUGCUAUCCGAGAAGCUGAGUCACCGAAUAGCUCAACUUUUGGCCAGUCCAGAAAAAUACCUCAAACUUACUGCUUUGAAGUUCUUCCGUAAUUUGAUAGGCCUCCAGGACGAGUUCUACAACCAACAAAUGACUCAAGGCAAGCUUUUCGAGCCUAUCCUGAACCUUUUGACGGAAACAAGUAACCGGGAUAAUCUACUAAACUCGGCUUGUCUGGAAUUUUUCGAGUUCAUUUCAGGUCACAAUAUUAAGAAUGUGAUGAUUCAUUUGGUUGAAAAUUAUCGGGAGAAGAUGAAGGAGAUUACUUAUGUGGACAUCUUCCAAAAUUUUAUAACAAAAUAUGACGACUCGGCAGGGUUUGAUGCAAGCAUGGAAGCAUCGUUCUUAGAAACCGAAGGAAGCGAAACGCCCAAACGAUCUGAGACGGGAUCGAGACGAUGGGACAAUGGAAUCAAAGACCUCGACGCAACCGAGGAGGAGUACUUUAAUACGUCGGACGACGAGGAGGAUUCUAUUACCAAGUCAACUCGAUCCUCUGUCAAUGGUGCAUCUCCGCUCACAAAGCCACUUGUCGACUACCCAUCCGAUGAGGAAACGGAAAACAUCGAAAUUGAUGCGAAGACAGAAGCCAAAGAUGCGAAAGGUGCAAAAUCCAAUGGAGUGGGGCCUCAAGAUCUGGGGAUUGACCACGAUCUGCCUGCGAUUGGCGGUCCUGGAGCGCCAGAACGACUUUCUGAGAAACGUCGCCGAGAGGAGGACGAGGAGGAUGAGAUUGGCAAGCUGUCACAGUCGAAGCGGCGUAACUCGAGUAGCUCGGUCGGAUCCAAUACUAGUAAUACCAGUAAUCCUCUGCGAAGAAAAGGAAACUUUAGUAAGCAUGGAGGUGUUGCGGGCAGCAAACCAAACAAGAUCGCCAUCACUCUCUCGACAGCUAUCAAAACGGGCGGGGACAAUGGCAGCGAGGACAGGGGAAGUUGA